CUGGGCUGCUGAGUUGGAGUCAGAGCCAAUCCGUUCCAACACCAGGCGCUGGGGUGUUCGGUAGUUUCAGCUCUGCGCUGCGUUUAGCUCAGCCAUCCUAAACCAAACCUCGACGCUGCAGUGAUGUACUGAACGGCUGGGGAAAUUAUUUCUCUUUCUCUCUCUCUCUCUCUGCCAAAUAAAACCAAACGUGACCAAAGAGUAGCCAUGGAUGUUUUCAUGAAAGGGCUGUCCAAGGCUAAGGAUGGGGUAGUAGCAGCCGCCGAGAAAACGAAGCAGGGAGUGGCAGAGGCGGCGGGAAAAACGAAGGAUGGGGUACUGUAUGUGGGCUCCAGGACUAAGGAAGGUGUAUUUCAUGGCGUAUCUUCAGUGGCUGAGAAGACCAAAGAGCAGGCGUCUCUGGUUGGUGGUGCCAUGGUGACUGGAAUGUCUACAGUUGCUCAGAAGACCGUGGAAGGAGCUGGAAACAUUGCAGCUGCUACAGGUCUGGUGAAAAAGGAUCAAUUGGUGAAACAGGAUGAAGAUCUUUUCCCUCAGGAGGGUGUGAUGGACAGCACAGAGGCACUCCAAAUUGACCCUGAUACCGAAGCCUUCGGAGCAGCCCCAGGGGAUGAAUAUCAAGAUUAUGAGCCUGAAGCUGUGUGUGUUUUUUUACAGUGUUCUUUGAAGUCUUCCACCCGCUGUACUCAAGAGUGUUGUGGCUUUUGACCAGGCCUCAUUCCAGUGACUCCCUCCCACUGAAAUGAGGGCCUGGGAGAGGACCCUCUCAGUUCUAUAGACAUAGUGUUUGGGUUCAACAGUACAAAACUGCCUAUCUGUCUCAUGCUAUCCUGUGUAUGUGUAAAAAAGAAAGGUUUUGUGUGCCUGCAUCGUGUGUAUGUGUGUGUUUAAUGUGUCUGUGAGUGUGCGCGUUUGUGAGAAUGUGUUUGUAUCUCUUGGUGUUACCUAUUUACUGCUCCGUUUUCUAUGUAUGACAAUUCCGUUUGCUGAGAACUUUGUUGUAUGUACAGUGUAUGCAAUGGUCAGCAUGGAGCUAUGCACAUUACAAUUAUCUACUGUGACACUGGAAAUCAGUUUGUGCUGGUGGGUUUUUUUU